CAUCGACGCAUCCCGUUUUGGUUGAAGGCAUGCUCCGACGCAGCCAUGGUCUUGCGCGUGCGUUCGCGACGCUGCGCCCACGCCGGUUGCUGCCCGCACCUCUUGUCGACGGCCUCGCGCAGUUCCAGCGCGACCACGGCCACUUCAUCGUCCCCCGCGACCACGAGUCGCCUGACGGGUUCCCGCUGGGGCAGAAGCUCCAAGGCCUCAUUCGGAAGCUACCGACCAUCUCUCGCGAGCGCAGCCACCAGCUAGACGCGAUUGGCUUUCCGCUCGACUGGCAUGCGUAUCUUCUCGGCACUGCGAUUCUACCUGCCCUACAGACGUACAAGGCCGUGUUUGGCGAUCUCUGGGUGCCCCAAAAGUACGUCGUGCCGACGUGCGAUCCAGUGUGGCCGGCAGCCACGUGGGGCCUUCGCCUUGGCGAGCGCGUCAGCUACCUCCGCAAAGCCAAGUACGACCUUCCGAUUGCGCAAACCAAGGCGCUGGACGCAGAGGGAUUCGUUUGGCAUGCACGCAACGACCGGCUGCAUACGUUGACGCUCCCCGCACUCCGUACUUACCGUGGCCUCCACGGGUCGCCGCACGUCCCCAAUGCCUUUGUCGUUCCUUCGCAGCAGCCGUGGCCAAGUGAGCUGCAUGGGUACAAGCUGGGCCACGCCAUGAUGGCGCUCAAGGCCAAGCACCGCGCCGGGACGCUCCCCGAGACCGUCCUUGCGGCGCUCCACGACCUCGACCUCGACUUGGACCAAACACUGCGGGAAGCCAAGUGGACAGACGUGAUUCUACCAAGUCUUCACGUCUACUUUUCGUUGUACGGGCACAGCGACGUUGAGCAGGCUUUUCUUGUGCCCGGCGGCGCGCCGUGGCCAGCGGUAGCUAAAGACUUGGCCCUUGGGCGCAUCGUGCGCGACCUCCGAAGUACCGGGACGUACAGCGAGUUUGUCGAGCGAGACGAAGCAACACUGCGGGCGCUGGGCUUUGUGUGGAGUCAACAAGAGCGCAUGGCGUUCACGAUCCAAUCCAAGGUCAUUCCAGCGAUGGCAGUCUACCGCGACGUGCACGGCCAUGCCUUUGUGCCUUCGAAUUUUGUCGUACCGGCGACGCGCCCGUGGCCAACGCUCUCGCACCACAUGAAGCUCGGUCACUGGAUCGCGCGCACGCGAUGCGAGCUCGACAAUUUGCCGCACAAUCUGCAGUUUCUCCUCGAAGAGUCCGGUAUUGUGUGGCGGCACUUUGACGAGCGGUUCGAGAACGUCGUGCUGCCCGCGGUCAAGACGUACAGCGAGCUGCAUGGAUCGUGCGAAGCCAUCUCGUCGAGCUUCCACGUGCCGUCGCAUGCGCCGUGGCCAGAAGCGACGUGGGGCCUCAACCUCGGGGGUACGCUCUGGCACAUUCGGAAUGGCGACUCGUACAUCAUGGACCCCAAAAAGCUCCGCGCGCUUCGUAAAUUCCGAGGCCUCGUUCUGUAAUAAGGUUUGAACGCUCGCACGAUACCAUUCUUUCAAUUAGCGCAAAAUACAACUAAGGCGGCCUGGUGGUGGUGCGACUAAUGCUGGUGGAGACACUUUGGACCCUCAAUUUUCCUAGAGAUUGGAGCA